AUGUUGUCCACUCUGAGAAUCACCAGCCGCCAGGCUGUCUCGCGUGAGUCAAGCAUACGGGUGUUGAUGACUGGAGUGCGAGCUGGCUCUACCUGGGCCAAUGUUCCUCAGGGACCUCCUGAUGCUAUCCUUGGUAUCACUGAAGCUUUCAAGGCGGACUCUUUUGCGGAGAAGAUCAACUUGGGUGUUGGAGCUUACCGUGACGACAAGGGCAAGCCCUACGUUCUUCCUUCCGUGCGUGCCGCCGAAGACAAGAUCGUCGCAUCUCGUCAAGACAAGGAAUAUGCCGCCAUCACCGGCGUUGGCAACUUUACCGCCAAAGCUGCCGAACUCGCCUACGGCGCCGACUCUGCUGCCCUCAAAGACGGUCGUAUCACCAUCACACAAACCAUCUCCGGUACCGGCGCCCUCAGAAUCGGUGGUGCUUUCCUCGAGCGUUUCUACCCCGGCUCCAAGAAGAUCUUUCUCCCUACCCCUACCUGGGCCAACCACAAUGCUGUCUUCAGCGACUCUGGUCUUGAGGUUGGAAAGUACCGUUACUAUAACAAGGAUACCAUUGGAUUGGACUUUGAGGGUCUUAUCGAGGACUUGAAGGCCGCUCCCAAGGGCAGCAUUAUCUUGUUGCAUGCUUGCGCUCAUAACCCUACUGGUGUUGACCCAACCCCUGAACAAUGGCGUCAGAUCAGUGAUGUGGUCAAGGAGAAGGAGCACUUCGCUUUCUUCGACAUGGCUUACCAAGGCUUCGCUUCCGGUAACGCCGACAAGGAUGCUUUUGCGCCUCGCUACUUUGUUGAGCAAGGCCACAACAUUGCUCUGUGCCAGAGCUUUGCCAAGAACAUGGGUCUCUAUGGUGAGCGUGCAGGUGCAUUCUCUAUCGUCUGCGCUUCCGAAGAGGAGAAGAAGCGCGUCGAGUCUCAAAUCAAGAUCCUCAUCCGCCCUCUUUACUCCAACCCCCCUAUCCACGGUGCACGCAUCGCAUCCACCAUCUUGAACGACCCCGAGCUCAAGAAGCAAUGGUUGGCUGAAGUCAAGGGUAUGGCUGACCGUAUCAUUGAGAUGCGCAGUCUUCUCAAGCAGAACCUUGAGGCUUUGGGUAGCAAGCAUGACUGGUCUCAUAUUACCAACCAGAUCGGUAUGUUCGCAUACACCGGCCUCACUCCCGAACAAAUGGAUGUCCUUGCCAAGGAACACUCCGUCUACGCUACCAAGGAUGGCCGUAUCUCGGUUGCUGGUAUCACCACUGGAAACGUCAAGAGACUUGCCGAGUCUAUUUUCAAGGUUACUGGUUAA